UCCAGUCACGCCCAAACACACCGGUGAAUGGCCAACCCUUUUUUGAAUUGAGUUGGGAAAUAUGCUUCUCUGUGGGCUUCAGGGUCCGUGUACAUUUCAUUAUCAAAACUGAGAAUGGAAAAACUAAAUUUGAAAAUCAAAAAUCAACUUGUUUUCUCAUUUGUUUGGCUUGCACUAGCUGCUAACAUAAAGUAAUAUGACAUCUCAUUUUGUCUUAGCUUAGCUAAAUAUUUAUUUAUAUAUUUUUGGACAAAACUAAAAACAACAUUUAAUAUAUUGUGUUUGUUUUAUAUUAUUACAUGUCCAAUUUUGAAACAAUUGAGAAACGGAAUCGUUUUCGUUUUUCCAUUCUCCGUUUUUAUUCGGAAAUCAAAAUAACGAAAUGUACACGGACCCGUCAGCUUGAUAAGGUGAAGCAACCUUGAGUAGGAGGGGAAAUCAGAGUUUGGAAUUGGAACUGUGGCAGAAGAUCCGGAGAACGAGUGCGGAGGUGAGAAGAGCGUUGGUUUGAAACUAAAUUAAGCACUCAGGAUAAGUCCUCCAGAAACAGCAGGACAAAGAAAUCUAAAUCCGGAGUGAUAAGGAUGGGUGAGACCCCAGUCAGGGAUGAUGGCACAGUUACAAGGUCAGCUGAGUAUGUUGGCUCCUUUCCUGUGGAUGACUGUUGUUUGGAUGAUCAGAUGCAGCAGUUGCACACACAGCUCAAGUCUCUCAAAACAUGCAAGAAAAGGAGGUCUGUGUCCCUGAAAUUUUCCAUCAAAGGUGUGAAGAUGUACGAUGAAGAUGAGACGACCAUCCUCAUGGCCCAUGCUCUACGAAGGGUCUCCCUUUCCACCGCCCACCCCUCGGACGCCCAGUUCGCCUUUGUUUCCCACAACCCAGGCAACCCUGAUGCCCAACUAUACUGCCACCUCUUCAAGGCUAGUCAUGCCAGAGCAGCCCAGUUCCUGAACCUGUUGCUGUGCCGCUGUUUCCAGCUGUCCUACCUGGAGAAGCACCCAGAGGAGGCUCAAGUUGAGUCUGCAGGCCCACUGCCCAACUGUACCCCCUCCCUCCUCAACCAGGGCUUCCCUCUCAGUGUCAGCGCCCUUGUGUCCUUCAGAAGGGCCCCCACUCAGGGCUUACUCCCAGGGGAAAAGGUCUUCCCAUUGAAGAACAACAGCGCAACAACUGAGGAACAACCAAGCAUCCAAGAAAACGUCAUCACCUCUCCUUCCCUGGUGCGCAAGAAAGCCAUUCGCAACAAAGUACUGCGCUCAGGGGCCUAUCGCUCCUUCACUUACACCCCUCACAAACAACGCCACCUCCAGGAUCGUCUGAACUCUCCACAAGGAAACGGGCAGGACAAAAUGCCAGGGAGGAGAGCCCGGGCCCCGAGCCUUGCUGAAACAGAAGAAGCUCUGGCUCAAGCGGUGUGGUGUUGGGCUGGCAUCACCACUGACAGCAGCUCUUCCCUGCUUGCAGAGGACGUCCUGGGCUCGUACCUCCUGUGCCCGCAUCCUAAGAGGCCUGGCUGUGGCUCUCUCAUCAUUCGUUUCUCUUCUGGCCUCAUCACCCACCUCAUAGACAACACAUAUAAAGGGACAUACCUGCUUGAGAACUGCCAACAAGAAUUCUGCACCAUUGCUGCUUUGAUAGAGCACUACACAGAGUUCAAGGAGGAGCUGGACUUUCCUCUGAGUUGUGCCCGUGUAAACCACUGCUACGAGUGGGAGGAGAAUGUUGGCAAGGCACACCAAAGCCUCAAAAGAAAGAAUGCAGAAUAUAACCAGAGGAAGCAAUGGGUUUAAAAGUAAUUUCUGAACAUUGGAUUGAUUGAUGUAUCCCAUUCUCUAAGAGACACUGACAACAUGUUACACUGACACCUUUCAUUUCUUUGCACUUAAAUACAAUACAAUUCAUUCACUUCUGUGCUUCAUUUAGGUUACUUUUAUUGUUUGGAGAUUUGUGAUAAGUAAUGUUUAUCACAAUUCACCUGCUAAAGGGAAGUUUGAUCGCAAGGGUGGAGCAGAGCCAUAUAUUUAGAUAAAUAAAUGUAAGGCGUGUGGAGUAAGAUGUUGGCACUUCGCCUAUGAUGUAGUUAUUUUUUUUAUGUCAGUGUGUUUGAGAUGUAUAUUCUAUUUUAGCUGCCCCUACUUUUUAAAUUGUAGUUUUUUUUAAAAAGUAGGAAUUUAGUGUGUGUAUAUGAAUUAGAGGGAUUUUCUAUUUUUGUAUGUGUUAAGCUGUAUGCCUCGUGUUAUGCUGUCUGUUUCACGGCAUGUUUUAAGAUGUUCUGUGAGAACAUGGUACAUGACUCACUUUACACCACAAAGUGGAGGCUAUUUUUAUUGUUGGGUUAUGCAUAAUGCAUUGCCGGAUUUUAUGCAUAAAUGCAGACCUCUAACUUGAUCUAAGUCUGUUUUUUUUUAGGGGGAACAAGAAGUGAUUUCAAUUUGGCUCUUUGGAAAGACGAUGGGCAGCAAAAAAAAACAUUUUCUUGGCCAUUUUCACACAUGACGUAGUUUUAUCAAGUGUAUGGUUGUCUUGGAACGCGGUGGGAAGGGAACCGACAGAGCGAGAGUGUUUUUGUUUUUUGCGUAUACUUUUGUUUUUGAGCACGGAUUGUAUUCAUUGGACGACAUGAUGCCAUCUGCCAAUACUACGUUUUUAUAGCAUGUGGAUAAUUGAUUUGACAAGAAAUUAUUCCAACCAAUUAACGGUCUUGCAGGUUAGCUGGUACAGGUUGUGAAACUUGAUUGCUUUGAGGCUUGGCCAAUGUGGCAAGCUAGCUACCGUCCUUAGCUUAGUUAGCGUUCUGAUUUGCUGUCAUGCUUCUGUGACCAGAUCAACAGGUUAGAUUUGUGUUAUUCUGAUCACUUCAGUUGUAGCAUGUCAACUGGAAAGAUCUGUCAUGGCUGCUAGUUAGAUUAAUUGUUUAGUUUCCAAAUAACAGUAGGCUAGCUAUUUAUUUUUCUA